CAAUGGGAUUCCAGGAUGCGGAGGGGCGGGGGCGGGACUUCCUCGCGAAGGGAAAGAGCAGUGAGGGCGGUGCGGGUCGGUGGCGGGGGUGAAGGCGGCGGUGGUGGUGUUAUGGCCGGUGCCACCACCGCCGCGUCUCCGGCCGACAAGGAGAGAUUCAUCUGUAUUUAUCCAGCAUAUUUGAAUAACAAGAAGACAAUAGCAGAAGGAAGAAGGAUACCUAUAGACAAAGCUGUUGAAAAUCCUACAUCUACAGAAAUCCAAGAUGUAUGUGCAGCCGUUGGAUUCAAUGUGCUUUUAGAGAAAAAUAAGAUGUAUCCUAGAGAGUGGAACAGAGAUGUUCAGUACAGAGGUAGAGUACGAAUCCAGCUCAAACAAGAUGAUGGCAACCCAUGUUUACCUCAGUUUCCAACACGUAAAUCAGUGAUGCUGUAUGCUGCGGAAACCAUUCCCAAACUGAAAACAAGAACCCAAAAAAUAGGAAGUAACGAUCAAAGUCUUCAGCAAGGAGAGGGAGGCAAGAAAGGUAAAGGGAAGAAAAAGAAAUGACCUCAUGUCUGGAAUAAUUGUUACGUCACAUAGUUGUACUUAGGGAAAAUGUGGAUGGACACUCACUUGCUGCAACUUUGAAGUGAAAUACAUGAGGAAAAAAUGAAUAGGUGAAGCUGAAUAGAACUGCCUGCUUUUCUUGGAACUGGAAUGCAUGAAGCUGCCUCGCAUAUGUGUAACAAUAAAUCUGUCUUCACACACAAUCUGCAAGCCUGAAGCUAGCAUCCACUUUUAAAAGUGGAAAACCAUAAGCAAAUGGGGUGGGUGGGAGAAGAAAUAUGCAGCCUUUGAUAAAUAAUUAAAUAUUCUUAUGCAGACUAGAUAUCUGAAAACUGGUUGCCUUAGUAAACCAUUUAUCUAUGCUAGUGAGGUGAUUGUCUUAAUUCUGGAGGGUCUUUGCCACUAAAAGAAAAAUGUAGAUCAAUGAAGUUGAUGGCUCUGUAAACUUCCCUUGCUAAUAAUCUUUCACAAUUGUCAAGUGUACUAAUAAAGGCGACAUGUUAAUUUUUUAAAAAAAUGUAAUUUUAUAGAAUACUUUUUCCAAAAGUGUUAGUUUUUCCUCCACAGCCUGUUGUAAAGAAGUUGGUGACAUACAUUGUAAGGAUGAUAUUGUAAAGUUUUAAGAUAAUUUGAAAAAAAAAUCUCCCUUUUGUCUCUUGUAUAAUAUGGGAUACUACAUUAUCCUAUUUUAGGUGGUUGUUUGAGAGUUUAGGAAAUGUGGAUUUGUUUUCUACCAGUCAAAUACUAUUUCUGAUAUCUGACGCUUGCAAUAUCUGGUAACUUAAAAUAUUAUUUUUUUUAUUUAGCACACAGACAGGGACAGAAGGUUAUUUGGAGCAGAUGAGUUGGUCAGAACAGCUGUCCAGUAGCAAGGCUUCUUCAAAGUAAUUAAGAAAUGUACUGUGCAAAUUAAAUGAGGGGUAGUUUACUAUAAGGAGACUGAAAAAGAAGCAGCAGUACCUGUUUUGGUUUAAAUACAAAAAUCCUGCAUGAGUUUUCUAAUCCUUACUAUAUGAAAACAAAAUCAGUUGAAUGCUUUCACAGAUGACUGCUGGAAACAAGUUAUCGGAUUAUUUUUGAUAAAUUUUUUAUGUGGCAGUAUUCUCUUUCAGGAUUUAUCUCAUUCGUCUAUCAGGUAUACUAUUCUAUGGCAUCAACUUUUUCCCACUUUAAAAAUAAACAGCAUUCAAAAUGUA